AUGGCGAAGAUCAAGUCUAUCGAGUACUUCCGCGUUCCUCCUCGGUGGCUAUUCGUCAAAGUAACCGACGAAGAUGGGAAUUAUGGCUGGGGGGAGAGUACUCUCGAAGGCCACACCGAGGCCGUGGAGGGCACUCUAAACGCCUUGUGCAAGCGAUUCCAAGGCUACGAAGCCGAUGACAUUGAACACAUCUGGCAAAUGUCGUGGCGUCUCGGCUUCUACCGAGGCGGCCCAGUCUUCAUGUCCGCGAUCUCGGGGAUCGACAUCGCUCUCUGGGACCUCAAGGGUCGUCGACUCGGGGUUCCCAUCCACCAACUCCUCGGCGGCAAAGUCCGCAACAAGCUGUCCGUCUACGCCUGGAUCGGCGGCGACCGACCCUCCGACGUAGAAGCCGCCGGCAAGGCGCGUCUCGCCCAAGGCUUCAAAGCCAUCAAGAUGAACGCCACAGAGGACGUGAACUGGCUCGAUUCGCCGAGCGUCCUCGACUCUAGCGUCGAGCGCCUGAAGACCGUCAAGGCGCUCGGCUUGGACGCAGCCCUCGACUUCCACGGCCGUCUCCACAAACCCAUGGCUAAACAGCUGGCCAAAGCCCUCGAGCCGCACCGCCCCCUGUUCCUCGAGGAACCGCUCCUCUCAGAACACCCCGAAGCAAUCAAGCAGCUCGCUGACCAGGUUUCGUGCCCGAUCGCUCUCGGAGAGCGUCUGUACAGUCGCUGGGACGUGAAGCGCUUUUUGGAGGACGCGAGCGUGGACAUCCUCCAGCCGGACAUCGCCCACUGCGGUGGCAUCUCGGAGCUGAGGCGGAUAGCUUCCAUGGCGGAGACUUACGACAUUGCAAUCGCCCCGCAUUGCCCGCUCGGGCCGAUCGCUUUGAGUGCCUGCAUGCAGGUCGACCUGGCGACGCCGAAUUUCGUCAUCCAGGAAAUGAGCUUGGGAAUGCAUUACAACACAGAGGCGGGAGAGUAUGAUAUCACGAGCUAUGUCAAGGAUGCGGGCGCGUUCGCGGUGAAGGACGGCUAUGUUGAUGCCCUUACAGCGCCGGGGCUGGGAAUCGAGGUCGAUGAGGAGACAGUGAGACGGGUGGCAUCGAACGCGGAGCCCUGGCUGCCGAAGGAGUUUUAUGGCCUCGAUGGGGGGAUUCGCGAAUGGUAG